AUGCGCCGUCGUUGCGGGGACGCGGGCUUCGCCAUCGGGCCGCCUCAGCCCCGGGGCUGCAUGUCGGUGGGUCGCGUCGGGCAAGGGCCAGCAGGGGUAAGGGCGCGUGAGCGGCGUGGACGCCGGCUGGCCGACUGGGACGGAGCCGCGGCCCAGUGGAAGCUCGGGAAUCUCGCGAGAGCAGCUGCUGCAGGCAGAGGUGGCGCGGGCGCGCGAGGAACUGGCCCAAGGCGCGCGCGUGCGCGAGCGCGCGCGUACCCCGCCUCCAGCCCCGGAGCGGCUCGCGGCCGGCUCCGAGCCGCAUCGCUAGGUGCAGGGCAGCGCGGUGGCCUUUCCGCAGCCGAACGAGAGCGGCGGUUUGAGACAAAGAGGCGUGGACAGGCUGCUGGGCCAGCGGGUGCCAUCAUGUCAGAGAAGGUGAACAACUUCCCACCACUGCCCAAAUUCAUCCCGCUUAAGCCAUGUUUCUACCAAGACUUCGAGGCCGAUAUCCCUCCUCAGCAUCUCAGCAUGACCAAGCGCCUCUACUACCUCUGGAUGCUGAAUAGCGUCACGCUGGCCGUGAACCUGGUGGGCUGUCUCGCGUGGCUGAUCGGAGGCGGGGGAGCCACCAACUUUGGCCUCGCCUUUCUCUGGCUCAUCCUCUUCACACCCUGCUCCUACGUCUGCUGGUUUCGGCCCAUUUACAAGGCCUUCAAGACUGACAGCUCCUUCAGCUUCAUGGCAUUCUUCUUCACCUUCAUGGCCCAGCUGGUCAUCAGCAUCAUCCAGGCUGUGGGCAUCCCAGGCUGGGGUGUCUGCGGCUGGAUCGCCACCAUUUCCUUCUUCGGAACGAACAUUGGCUCAGCAGUGGUGAUGCUCAUUCCCACCGUCAUGUUCACGGUCAUGGCUGUCUUUUCCUUCAUUGCCCUCAGCAUGGUUCAUAAAUUCUACCGGGGCAGCGGGGGUAGUUUCAGCAAAGCUCAGGAGGAGUGGACCACGGGAGCAUGGAAGAACCCGCACGUGCAGCAGGCGGCCCAGAAUGCAGCCAUGGGGGCAGCACAGGGUGCCAUGAAUCAGCCGCAGACUCAGUAUUCUGCCACUCCCAACUACACAUACUCCAAUGAGAUGUGA